AUGCGGCUUGUGAACCACGUCGCCUCAGACGCUGCUUGUGCCAGGAAUUGCACAUUCACAACUCAAAAACUCUCAUUACUGAGAGAAAGUAUGCUUGCCGAAACCAUGAGCCAGUCCACAAUCAGCUUUGAGCACUUGCGCAGCACCUCCAAGCAUGCGCUCUCGUUAACUAUUCGCUGGAACGCCGUACGCAUCAUCAUUCUCUUUCGCCAGUCGCGCUCGUGCGCUGGAUCUUACUCGGUGGAGAAUGUGUUCAUUGACCGGUACAACAUGGCAUGCGAAAUGAAUGACUUGGAGGAGAUGGAUCGCGUCUCGGACGAGAUGGUCAAGGUCGUUAUGGACAUAGGGCGUGAGCUGUUUGACGCCAUUGCACCGGUGGCAGAGCCGAAUCCUGCUGCGGUGGACUGUGGUAACCUCGACACGUUCAUGUUCCCUCCCGAGCAUGCAUUUACCUUUCGGACAGGGGUGAGCGGAACGACGAGAUUGGUCCCUGAUGAAGCCAGACUAAUGCACGGCGUGCGAUCUGCCCGCGUCGGACCACCGUUGUUCGUCCUGCGCGAGGGAUGUACGCUGCCUCUAUAUUCCACGAAAGAUGUCCGCGUGUUGGAAGGCCUUGGGCGCAGCGGCUGCGUUGCGCGCGUGCAGGUCGACGGCCGCGAGCUGUGUGCCAAGACGGCACAUGUCCCAAACAGCCGGGGUGGCUCGCCCCAGAGAGAGGCCGACCAACUCUGGAAGAUGACGGCCUCUGGCCUGGCUGGCACGCUACGAGUCCCGCAGCUGGUCGGCUUCCUCUACACGCCCAAGGACGCAAGGCUGGUGGGCUUCCUGCAGGAGUACGUUCCCGCGCCAGAGGCGCCACGCACGCUGGGCAGCAUCGAGGCGCCAUCAGACGUGCCCGAGGCGCGCCGCAGGAAGUGGGCGGCGCAGGUGCGGGCGACGGUGGACGCGCUGCACGGCAUGGGCGUCGUAUGGGGCGACGGCAAGGCGGGCAGCGUGCUGGUGCAUCGCGACUCGGACGAUGUGUGGGUGGUGGGCUUUGGGGGUGGGUGGACAGAGGGAUGGGUAGCGCGGGAGCAGAGCGCUUCGAUGGAGGGUGACGAUGUCGCUGUGAAGAGAAUAUAUGAACAUUUGGGACUGGCGCCGCCAUAA